UCUUCAUCAUCGGUUUUUUGUGGUCUCACUUUUCGUUUUAUUUUUAUUACUUUCAUUCAAAAUUCAACAUGAAUUCAUCGGAUUUUCCUACUAGCAGAUCGCCUAAGAAAGAACUUCAGGGUCCUCGUCCCGCCCCUUUGAAGGUUCGUAAAGACUCAUACAAGAUCAAGAAACCACCGUUGGCACCACAGCCAGAGCAACAACAACCGACACAAAUAAAGCCCCCAGUAAUCAUCUACACUGUGUCACCAAAGGUGAUCCAUACAAACCCUCGGGAUUUCAUGAGCCUAGUUCAACGCCUUACAGGCUCGACAUCAUCGUCUUCGGGAUCUUCAUCCCUUCCACCAUCAACAUCCAAUCAUCCAGUACCAUUCAAUGAUACCAGUGGUGCAAUCUCACCAGCGGCAAGAUUUGCUACUAUAGAGAAGACACGGUCACCUGCAGAAGGAAAAAAGAAACAAAUUAGCGAAGAAAACUUUGAGUUUGUAGAAGGCAUAGAGAUGAAUCCUUGGGUUGAAAGAACAAGUUUCUUUCCAGGAGUAUUGUCUCCUGGGCCAACCUUACUACCUCCAAUAUCAUCAAACUUCUUCUCACCACCAUCUGAUCCAAACUCAAUAAAUUUCCUCCCUGAUUUGAGUCCUUUUCUUCAUGGAAACAGGAAUUUCAUAGAAGGCAGUUUCAUGCCUAGUCCUUCAAGCUCUAAUAUCUCACCUUAUUUAAUACCGUCUCCUACUACUCCAUCAACAGACCCUUUCAACAAUUUCUUUAACCUUUAAACAAAAUUUUCACUUUUUGCAAGAUAUAGAAAUAUAAAUUCUUUUCCCUUUGCUUUAUGGGGUUUUGAAAACACAAAAGCAGAUGUUUAGUAGUUGUGGAUUGCAUUUUUGUGCAACUUGAACUGAUGAUGAAGGUGGAGGACAAAAGUGGAAAUUUGAUGUUCAUUUGGUAGGUUAGCUAGUUUGAAACUUCUUAAUGGCCUUAUCUUUUUAUUGUUCUUCCAAUUUUAAUAUGAUGGGCCAUCUACUGAUAUGGCAGUUCUGGCUCAAAAAUCCUGUGAUAACCUUCGUUUUUUUCAUUUUUUCUUUUUUCCUUUUCUGAUACUAUUUUUGUCUCAUAUA